AUCCGAUCGCAUCGCAGUUGAAUGCACCCCACCCCCUCCACAACGCCCGUCAAUCGUCUCUGCACAACUUUACUUUGCGAACCAAUUUCAGCCACAACAGCAUAGUCAACCAUAAUCACAAUGUCCGCUCAUCCGGCCAAGCGCCAAAAGCGCGACCAAUACCGUAAAAAAGCGGCGGCCGCAGCCAACGAAGACACGGACAAGGUUAAACUGCCCCAGAAGAAAUUCUAUCGGCAGCGUGCACACGCGAAUCCCUUCUCAGACCAUAGGUUGGAUUAUCCGCUCAGUCCGGCGCAUAUGGACUGGUCGUCGCAUUAUCCGGCGUUUGUGAAUCCUGAUCCUGAACAAACGAACCUGGCGGGUGCGAGGAAACUCUUGAAAAAUGUCGAGGUUGUGGAUAUUGGAUGCGGGUUCGGUGGCUUGCUUGUUGGCCUUGCGCCGAUAUUACCUGAGACUUUGAUGCUCGGUAUGGAAAUCCGCACCCAAGUUAUCGAAUACGUAGAAAAUCGCAUCCAAGCACUACGAACUCAACAGAACAAGCUCAAGAACUCCUCUACAACCGCCACCGAUUCCCCAGCUCCGUCAACUACAGCCGAACUGGCCACCGAUGGAGCUUCUCCGGACGCAGACGCCACCUCCGAAACAUCUAAUAGCCUUGUCCCAGGGGGGUAUCAGAACAUCAGCGCCCUCCGCAGUAAUACGAUGAAGUUCUUCCCCAACUUCUUCCGCAGACACCAACUAUCUAAGAUCUUUAUUUGCUUCCCAGAUCCUCAUUUCAAAGCCAGGAAGCACAAGGCCAGGAUUAUCUCCGAAAAUUUGAAUGCUGAAUAUGCCUAUGCGCUGAAGCCUGGGGGUCUUUUGUAUACGAUCACUGAUGUGGAGGAAUAUCAUCAUUGGGUUUUGAGGCAUUUCCGAGAGGAAGGUGAACAGCAGGCGAGUGAAGGUGGAGUGAAAGAUCUCUUUGAGCGGGUCUCGGAGGAGGAAUUGGCAAAUGACCCCUGUGUGGAGGUCAUGAGGGAGUCUACGGAGGAAGGCAAGAAGGUCACUAGGAACAAGGGAAACAAGUAUGUGGCUGUUUUCCGUCGCAAGGCCGACCCAGAAUGGCCUGCUUGAUACCUCCUAGUUAUCUCCAUUGCUGUUUCUGGCUACGGUGUCCCAUACUAGCGUCGAUUCUAUGCGGUUAGAAACCAGUACUCGAACCCCUGAUGUAUGUAUAUAGUAGUUUCAGUUAUAAAGGC